GCGGGUCGUCUAUACCGUGUGCGCCGCAGUGCCGAAGAACGAUGUUUGAACUUCGUUUGGAUUGUUCUGCAAGAAACCAACAAAGGCAAAAUCAAGAAAGGAAAUAUGCAAGCCAUGCGGUGGGUGCUAGUUGUCUUUGCCCUACUAGCCGCCACAGCCGUGGGUUCCUUGGCGCAGUCCGAUGCGCUGCCGUUUCUCUUCGUCUCCAAGUCCGUCUCAGACGACUACGUGGUAGUUGGCAGCAGCGUGGAGUUUACUGUCACUGUCCACAACUACGGCCAGAGCCCCGCGAUGAAUGUCACAAUCACAGACCUGUUGGUGGACGGCACAACACGUACAAAGCGUGUAGACAUUCUCUCCUUUGGGGAGUCUGCUGUGCUCAAGUACACGGUUACACCGAAGGACCUCGGAAACUACGCCGUUGGCGUCGCUGAGGUGACAUAUUCCCUGCAGCAAGGGCGGCCGGCCACACAGACGGCAUACAGCAAUAUCAUCCGUGAGGGCAAUGCAUACUUCUUGGGGGAGAGCUACGACGACGAGAGUUUCCGUGGCGUUGUUUCGGUUGUGACGCGGGACCGCUACGAUCGUCUGCACAAGCGUUAUGCCCGUGAAAUUGUGGCGUACAGUCUUCUUUGUGUCAUUCCUGCGCUCUUUCCAUUUUUUGUGUACCGUGCAGAGCAGAGUCAGGUGGACCUGCUGAUUCGCCGCUCCAAACUCGCCAAGUGA